AUGAACAUCGAGGCUUUCAUCCGCAACCUCGUCGCGAUGUACACGGCGCAGGACAACGAGACGCGCCGCGUUGCCACCGUGGACGUGCUCAAGGCAGAGGGCCGGAUGAGCCCCGAGGAAAUGCGACACAUAGGUGUGGGCCUGCUCCGCGUCUCGGACCACGGCGCCGCAGUGCAGGCCUAUGGCGCCGUCCUCUUGAGGCGUGCCGUGGCGUCGGGCCGUCUCGCCGCAGAGCAGGUUCCCUAUAGUGAUAUUAUUACGUGGUACCUCAACGAGCCCACGCUGAGUCGCCUGCUGUGUGGCGACCUGGUCGACCUCAUCACGGAGUGCAUGAUGUAUGAGUGGCCAGAGCAAUACCCGCAGCUGAUGGAGCAGAUCUGUCCACCACAGGCGCAGCUAGCGAAGCAGCCACGCAAGCAGCGGCUGCUCGCCACACUCGUCGUGCGGCUUGUGGACCCGCACCCCGGCAAUGUGCCGAUGCAUCGCAUGAAGCACCUCAAACGCGCCCUCGCCUCUCACAGCCGUGUAAUUCUGGCGGAGUCGAUUCAGGCGCUCUUUGACCUCUACACAGCAGCGGGCGGCGAGGGCGCGCAGCAGUUGGACGAGCACGCCCGUGAAGCCGUCAUAGACUGCCUCACCAUUACGGUAAACGUGGCCUCCUGCCUGCCCGUGCCCCAGUGGUGGGAGUUGGGGCUGGGGAAUGCGCUGUCGGUGCUGGUGCGCUGGCCGCCCCUGGCGCAGGAGGCACUGGCCGCCACAGCCGCCCUUCUCAAGUGCGACGGGUUUGUAAAGUCCACAACGGCGCAGCAGCAGGAACCGUUGUUGCUGGUGGCGGCCGUGCUGGGCUGCGUCGAGGCGUGCGUGAUGGAGCGGAACUACGGCACAUUGGAGGAGGUGGCGGAGCUGCUGGUGGAGAUGCCGAACUCUGUCAUUGAGGCCGUAAUUGCCCCAACGAGUCAGGCCUGCCUAGCGAUGCUGUCCGUCCCGAGCAUCUACUUGGCUACGGCCGCGUGCCAUAUUUUGAAGCGACUGGGCGACGCCGCGUUUGCCCACAUAAAUGCUCUUGAGCUAAUGAUGCGCUUUGCAGCGUUGAUCCCAAAGAACAAGUUUCACCCGCGGUCCGGCACCGAUGAGGAGGGGAAGCAGCUCUCAGAGCAGCAGUAUGGGUCGGCCGAGGCCUUUGAGUGUGGCUUUGGGGUGUUCCGCAGUCUCACAGGCCACCUGCUCACCGCACUGGCCCGCGUCUACCCUGUUGUCAGCAAUCAGUUUGUCCUGCAACUCCUCGCAAGCCUGUGCGACGGCCGUGGCUCAGCGGCGGACCCCAGAACCUCGUCUGGGUUUGUGACGCAGCAGAGUGUCACCUUCCGUGAGUGGGAGGCGACACAGUUCAUGGUCGACCAUCUCUCAGAGUCGUUUAGGUACUCCUCAGACUACGUCCCGCAGGCGAUCGCAGCGUUGCUGGCGCGGCAGACGGAGGACAUGGUGCUCUGCCCUGUCUACCUCAACAUGCUGAGCUACUUCUGGGGCUGCAGGGACGACGCGGCGCUGGGUGUGUGGGAGGGAACCCUCGGCAUCCUCUUCGCCUGUCUGGAACGCAAGCAGAGCGACCCGCACGACCUUGACUUCCGGUCGGCCCGCAAGCGCGCUCUCACGCUGCUGGUGACCGCCUGCAGCCAGCACGAGGCACGGCUGGCCAGCUCCUGCGAGGCGCUGAUGAAAAAGUUUGAGCAGCUGUUGAUGAUGCCCUCCACGAUGCCGCAGGAGCGGACGCUGCUCUACGAGGCCCUGGCGGCACUCACCAACGCCCUCCCCGUCGAUGAGGGGCAGGCUCGGCUGCAGUCGUUUUUCACGCCCGUUGCAAAGAUGCUGAUUCAGCGCGUGCAGGCCAUGGAUCAGGCGCGGUUUAACAGCAUCAUCGCGGCCCAAAACGCCAACCUGCAGGCUGAGCGGGAUAUGCUGCGUGACAGCGUGGCCAUCGUGGCCGGAGUGCUACGGCGCUGCAAGACCUGCCCCUACUUGGUGGAGUCCUCCACGGAGUUGACGCCGUCGAUUCUGCGGCUCAUGGAGCUUAUUCACUCGCUCCGCCCGGAGCAGCUGCCCGCCGGCUACGCGUGCAUUCUUGAGAUGGAACGCGACCUCCGCGAGCUGUACCUGCCUGGCCGCUCGCGGAAAAGUGCGCCGCGAAAGAACAUCCAGAAAAGGGCCCGCCUGACCCUCAUGGAGCUGCGCAUGUCGCUCUAUCAGGUGGUUGAGGCGCUGAGCACGUUUCUGCCGGACGAGCCGCUGCGAGCGAUGCUGCAGACGCUGCUUGCUGCGGCGGAGCUGUUGCCGUUGCACGUCAUGCGUCCCCUGAUAGUCCACUGCCUGUUCCCCAUUGGCACCUCCCACGCGGGCCUCAUUGCGAGUAUUCUCCCCAUCUGCGGCGUCUUCUUCGCCGGCGUCGCCCACCGCGCCUCCGCCCGCCCGGAGGACGACGUCGUCGACACAAAACAGCUCUUCUACCUCUCCAAGGACGUCUUCACGUUUAUGCGGCAGCAGCUGCUCGAGAAAAAGGCGUUGGCGGGGAACCUGGCGCUCGCCCACGUCGCGGUUGAGGUGGCGCUCAGCAUCCUGGAGAGCGGCUCCAACGUGCCCGAGGCCAGCCGCUUCAUCGACACGGCGCUGGAGGCGGGCAGCGGCAGCGGCGGCGGGAACGAUGCGCUGGAGGAGCUGGCGACGGCGGCCUUUGGGCGCAUGCUGGACUUCGCCGGGCGCGCGGACGACGCCCUGCUGCCCUUCAAGGACCGCGAGCGGCUGAUCUUCGCGCUGGCCGACGUCUACGUCGACCGCUACCCAAAGUACACGGCGGCGCUCCAACCCCGCUUUCCGCAGGACCGCAUUGACGAGCUCCACACGCAGCUGGUCAUGUCCCACCGCUUUGACCUCAAGCGGCGGCGGUUCAAGGAGUUUGUGCUGCAGGGGGCGGGAAACACGCGAACGGCGUCUAACGGCUGGUAA